AUGUGUGCUGCCUACAGAGUUUCCUCUUCUGUUAAAGUGGAGCAGAUGGAGGCAGAGUUGCUGCGUCAGCUCUCAUCACUCAGGGCGGAAAUUGAGGAGAAUGGAUUUCCCCGGAGAGCAGUGCCCUCCAAAUCUUACAGUUCUGUUCCACUUCCAAAAGACAUUUCUUUCUUCCGUUUGGAGAGGGAGCAGACUCUAAGAAGAGGACUUCAGGUGGCUGAAACUUUACCUGUUCAGUCUCAGUCUGACGUCAUGCACAGAGAGAUGGACAGCUGCUUGAGUUCGGAGUACACACCUGAUAGUCUGCCUCCUCUGCUGCACCAGGAUCAGAUGUCACGUUUGACGAGCGAGUACGAGGAUGCUGUUCAGAGAGCUCGCAGGCUGUCGGCGAGCAGAGAGAAGAUCCUGACCGGCAGAGGAAACCCCGACAGGCUGCUGAUUCAGCAUGAUGCGGUCAUUUACGUGCGGUGGCUCGUCUGCCAUCUGCACUCUGUUCAAAACAUUCACAACUUUCUGAGGGUGCUGCACUAUAUACCAACUUGUGAAAGGAAAAGCAAAGAUUCCCAGCCAACCAUCACAAAGGAGACUUUACAUCAGACUCAACAUGCUGACGGAGUGUCAGUGCCAGCUAAAGAUGUCCCUCUGCACACUGUUCACCUGGAGGACUUUCUACCUGAACUUCAGUCCUUGAUCACCUACUUCAACCUGUCAUACGACGCCGGAAAAAUCAGGACCACUGCAGAUGAGAUGGAGUUAUUCAGCAUUGUGUGGAAGGAGUUCAGAACGAUCUUCAGACAACAAGAGCAGAUGAAAACCUUUCCUCAGUACGAUGGCACGGAUGUCAAAGAGAGCCAGUGGGGGAGGAAGAGUGCGAGUAUGGCUCUGAAGAAAGAGGCCAGCUGGAUUCCCUUUAUUCAGGUGAAGCCCAGACUGGAUCCUUGUCAGCAGAAGCUCGUCACAAAACUGAAGGAAAAGAAAAGUGUAGAUGAGUUGCUGAAAAUGCACAGCAGGUUUCUUCAGGUUCCUGAUUUGCUCCAUGUGGCUGCGACUCUAAAAGAACAUGCUGCUUAUAUCACCUACUUUCAAUCUGCACCUUCAUCAUCGGUCUCACACGGCAGCGAAACAAAACAGCAAAAGAUCUCAGACAUCUGGAAGAGGAUUUACAAUGCUGACAGUCUCACUCAGGCACAUGCCUCUGCUCCCUUUAUGAAACACAGCUACUCUUUGGAGGACAGCCUGCAGCUCCUCGGUCUGAAUGAUGGUCCAGAGGAAGGAACGUCAGAUCCCAUCAUAACCAGAGGAGCUUACCUGUCCCUGAUUUACCUGCGUCAUCUUAAGCUUAGACAGCUACAGCGUUCCUCUCUUGGGAUGCUAAACUACUUGCGCUCCGUGGAGAGGACUUUGACCUUUGACCUGGCUGGUCUGCAGCUGGAGGAUCGAGAGCUGGGCAGCACAGCAGAGGAAACAGGCUGGAUGAAUGCAGCUAGAGGAGGAAGAGGGGAAACAGGAAGUCUCGGCUCUCUGCAAUACAGCCACAACACUCCUGUUGACUACAAGGUCCGUUGCUCAGAGUUCAUGGAGUUUGCUGAGGUGGAAAAUCUUCAUGAUUUCUACAGAACAGAGGAGCAUUUCAUCCACACUCAGGACCAGAUAGGGUUUUACAUCAUGUAUGACGCUGCACUGAGGGACCUGGAGGAGCUGGAGAACGAGCUUCUUCUAGUGGGCUCACAUUUCAUCCAGAGAAACAAGAUAAAGCAAAUGGGAAUCGCUAAGAGAGACUCCACCUCGACACCUGAUAUCGAUCGUGUUGCAAUGCUUCUCGACUUAUGGACAUGUGAGACUGAAUUUUUGGAGAGCAAAGUACAGCUCUUGAACUGUUACUAUGAGGCCUACCAGCAUGCAGCAGGGGCUGAGGAGAGGUUUACGUUGGCUCGAGUUAUCACUGACAUCAUGCACAGGCGGCCACAUCUGGACCUGAACCAGGAUUAUUUUGUUCAGGCCUACAGAGCCGAGAUUGGCUGUCUGCAAAGCCACCAACAGCUGAUCAAAGACGUUCUAGACAAUCAGAUUGAAAAACAGCGUCAGUACCUUCAACGCAUCUGGAGAACCAACAGCAAAGACCCCGUUCAUGACUAUGGCCUUCCACCAAACUACGUUCCCAAACAUCUGGUCUCACUUGGUGGCAGCAGCCCUGCACUGAUGAAUGUAUUCCUUCUGGAGGUUCAUCCAUCCCUCUGCCUGGUUUCUGCAGUCUAUCACGGUUUAGUCCGGGCUCACAAUGAGCUCUGUGAGCUGCACCGAGCCACCGGCGUCACUGACAAACUCAUCCUGCGACAGAAGCUCCUGCAGCUGGCUCUGCAGAGCUGGAACAGCCUGGCUUCACCUGGAGACUCCUACAGCUCUCAAAUACAGAAAGAUCUGUUCUCAGAUGUUUUCUUUGAUGACCCGAUUUUGGUCCAGAAGGUGGGCUUGUCAUUAGUAAGAUCUUCUGAAGAGAAGGACAUGAAGCAGGGAAAAGAGAAACAAUCGUACGCUGUGGAAACUUUUUCCAAGCUGCUGGAGCUCAUAACCAUCCGCCACCGUCUGCUGGAGUCAGCCUCGGAGACUGCACAUCUAGCACUGUUGUACAGAAAUGUGGCUUCAGAGCUCGGCUUUGAUGAGUUCCACCUUUACAUGCGGCCGGUGCCGUUUGAGGUCGCUGAGCAGAAAGAGCGAGCAGAGCAGAGGCCUGUUUUUAUCACAGCGCUACUGGAGGAUGACAGCUCUGUAGACAGGUUCACCCCGUCUCACCUGCCUCUGAGCAUCCAGGAACUGGACGAGAACCAGAUCGGGAGGUUUAGCUUCAGCUCAGAGGAGGCCGUUGUUCACCUUCUAAGCAAACAGAGUAUCGAGAACCUCCAGGUGGCUCUGGCCUGUCAGGUUACACAGAAGAAUGCAUUGAUAAGUGCUGGUGAAGAAAACUUUCAUUUUGAUGAACAUAUAAGAACAGGAUUGGACUCCAAACCCAAAAGCGACGCUGAAAACCUGCAGGACAAAUCUAACUCUUCACUCUCGAAAAGCUCCAAGAGGCUGAUGGAAGCCUUUGUGUCCAUCCAGCUGGAAAAAGUGGGUCUGCGUGACGAGAUGCUGAAUUCAUUUAUGAAGAAGAAACAGGCCGUGGGGGGUCUUAUAAAAACCCCAGAUGAAGCAGCAAAGAUCAAAAGGAGGCUCAUAAUCGACUUUCUCGAGAAAUUCAGCACACAGAUAUCUCAGCAUUGUGUGAGAGCGCAGAUUGUCGCAUAUAACUACAGUCUAAACUCCCUUUUGGAAGACAUACCAUCCAUUCGUCAAUCCCACUUUAUGAGAGGUCAAGUCAGCGAUCCGAAAGGUAUUCUGGAUUCAGGAGCUGAUCUUCGUCCAGACCCGAGGACCUUUCAACGUCGGCCGUGUCAGUUGUUGUCAGCAGACGGCAAAACUCUCCUCAACCUGUGGUACAUCCCUCACUUCACUGAAGUGCUUCAUAUGUUCAAAACAUUGGAGGUUUCGGCCUGUGCUGCAGCUCUCCAUCAGACUCUGCGGAUAGUCUCAGCCCUUCAUGACAUCAUUUAUUACCUGGUCAGUUUCUCAAGACUGGGAAACGCAGAUCACACCAAUAGCUGGAGGAGGAGAGGACAGGAAGCUGCAGGUUCACAUCUCGCAGCUGACUGGGGAGGCACUGAAGGCAUCGAAGCAGAGCUGCUGGAGAUCCAGCGCCAGGUCGACCGCCUGUCGGAUCCCAGCAGCCCAGAGUCUGUCGGUCGUCUUCUGCAGCUGCGUCGGCAGGUCGUCUUCCUGCAGUUUGAUGCUGCUGUGAGGCACCUGAUCAGGGAGGCGUUCCUCUCCUCUGGUGACAUCGCUUCUUACCAGACUGUGAGUGACAACAUGGUCGCUGCCCUCCCUCUGCUGAGCGACAGCAUCCAGACUGACGUGUUCAGUCUCACGCUGCCUGUUCCUCCACCUCUGGAGACUAAAGGCUGUCAGGCACAGACGUUGUAUCCAUGGAGAAGUUUUAUUAUGUGUCACGGUUUGCUCCCGCUGCAUAUCUGGGACGUCCCACCCAUCGAGCACUGCAUGCAGCUGUGUCUGAGCGGACUGAGUGAUCGCAGCAGACUGCAGGCCAACGCAGCAAUGCUCGGCGUUUCCCUGCUCAUGGAGGACGUCCUGAACACUGGAAGAGAGGCAGAGCCUGUCCGUCUCCAUGGCAACAGAGAUGACCUUCCACAUGAUGGAAAACCUAAUGAAGGGCCUAAAAGCUGCUUAGAAGCUGAAGAAGAAGAAGAAGAAGAGAAGAAGAGGACUUCUGUUUCAGACUUCACAGACUCCUCUGCUCCUCUUCAGGAUCCAAUCAGAGUCCAGUCGGUGCUGAGAGGUUUCCUCCUGCUGACGAAGCAGCUUCAGGUCUUCAAGGAGAGCUGGGCUCGAAGACGUCUGGGUGUUGAGACGUUCAGUACGACCGGUCUGUACCAACAGUUUGUGAAACUCUACAGAGCUGAAAUCUUCUACCCGAGUAUGAGAGCUCUGGCUUUAAAACUGGGUAAAGAGCGUGACUAUGAGGUCUUAAUUUCUGGGAGCCAGUCUCUCCUGCCCCCUCCUGGAGCUUCAGAGGUUGAAGUGAAAGCCUGGCAGCUUCACAGACUGCUGGAGAGCACCGAGUGUGACAUGAUCAGAGCGGUGCAGAGGAGGAUCAGCAGAGAGAUGACCCUGGUUGUUUCAGAGCGAACAAGACAAGACACAGGCCUCCCCACAGAGCUGUGGAAAAAAUCUCCAGUGAAGUUCAGUGUGUCUCCUGAGCGACCGCUGAUUGUAGAGUCGUUUAUUCAGCAGCUGAUGGAAGGAGCUGAAGAAGCUGAGGGACAGCUGAGGGUCUCUGUGGAUCAUCUGCAGCAGUGUCUGACUCACCUCGGCUGUUCUGUGACGGAGCGAGAGCGUCGCAGCUUCCUGCUUUACUCACAGUUUUAUGAACAGAUCCUCCAGCAGCAGACUCAGCUUCUCUACCAGAGAGAACAGGUGGCUGUUUUAUGUCGUGAGAUGAUUUUGGAGAUCUCAGCGCUGCAGGCUCGAGUCGCUCAGCUGGAAGAAGAGAAGAGAUCUCUAGAACAGAAACUCAGUCUCAAAUUCAAAGAACGCUACGACUCUUUGGUCCGACAGCUCUUCUCCACCUGCAUCCAGCUCAAGGCCAAGCUUGACGAGCAGCACCGGCAGAUGGAGCAUGAUGUGAGUGUGAUGGUGAACAGCGUAAGAAGAGAAGGAGUGGACAGAAUCAUCAGGCUGAGGAAGAAGAACGGCUGCAACAAACACAACGAUGAACUUGAACUCACACAGUUAAAGACAGAAGAAGUCCACGAGUUGAACCUGGAGAACAUCCGACUGACCGCUCUGCUCUGUAAACUGAAGGCUCUGAGCCGCUGGAGGCAGACGGUCGAUGAGGGGAAACUUCACCGACAGCUGUGUCAAACUCAGCAGAGGGAGAUCUGCAGUCGCACUGAGGCCCUCAGAGUGAAGAUGAUGUCAGAGGAAGAAGUGCUUCACCUGCAGGAGGAGCUGGACGCCGCCCAGCAGGUGUUGACCUGCUGUCAGACCGAGUACAGCAACACCAAGAAGAUGCUCAGUAGAAAGACGGAGGAGCUCCAGGUGGUCCGGCAUCAGUCUGCGCAGGCGGCCCACAGCAGGCAGGAGCUGGACAGCUAUCGAGUGCAGAGCCUGGAACAAAUGAGGGCCGACGUGGAGGACAGAGAGAGACAGCUCAAAGCGCUCAGCGGGCAGAUGGACAGAGGCAGCAAGAUGAACCAGUUACAGAGACAACGCAGCGCCAAAGAGAUCCGACAGGUGAGGGGACAGCUGCAGCAGGAGCGUAGCCUCAAGCAGGAGGCCUUUCAGCAGGUGGAUAAGCUGCAGAACCAGGUGAGCGACAUGGGGGCAGCUUUCUCCAGGUGCACCUCUACGGCAGCGCAAAGCCGGACUUAUUACACGCUGUCAGUCAGCAGAUUGAGCACUAGGAGUCUCUCAGCAGGUCUACAAAGAGCCAGUCAGCAGCAGUCCGCCCUGCAGCUCGGCAGCCUCACAAGCGACGCCAAGCUUUGGGACUUUGCUGCAGAGCCAAGACACCGCAAAGCAGAAGCAGCCGGGAGCCGUUCUAAUGCAAGGAUGGACAGACCCAAAGUAACGAGAGAGCCCCCGAAAAGUACUACAGAUAAAAACCAGGAAGAGGGUAUCAAAAGACUCAAGAAUUCGUCUCGUCCGCGUAUUCUGACUGUUGAGACAACGUUACCGGACCUGUGA